AUGAUUGCUCGAUUGUAUGCCAUGUAUCAGGGAUCUAUAAUCAUGCUCGUCUUCCUUGUUCUUAUCUUCUUGGCUAUCAACAUCGCCUGCGUAGUAAUCAUGGGAACAAUUCUCAAGGAUACUGUAUCAGAGGAGUUGAUACUCUCUGGCACCUUUGUUGGUGUCUCUUGCUUCCAGCUUGCGCUUCUCUCUCCACAGCUUGAGAAUUCAACUUAUACGGGAGCUUGGAUAAUAUCUGAUGCUUUUCAAAAUUUAGCGGGUGUGCAGAUGUUUGUGCUGGGACCACGCCUCAUUCUUAGCGUUCGAGAAUAUCACGCCAAACUCGUGGUGGACUCCGACGCAGAAGCCAGCAUGAAUUCGAUUGUCUUUCAGGAGCGUGUAGAUGUACCAACUAGCAGUAUCAUGUAG